AUGACUGUGAUGCCGAUAUCGGGGGUUAUGGAUGUCCAAGACCUCCUAUUCUAUUUUCGGCGAUUUUUCUACGCGGAGCAGCUUAGUUUCAUUCAACGGGACAUGAUUUGUGAUUACGAUGAAAGGUCCUUUGAUCUUUCCACCACUGACUUGUUUGGGACGGAAUUUGACAGGACCCAGAGGUGUUCCAGUGGCUUCUGGAUUCUUUCCCAUCGAGCACAUCAGCAAACCAUUGAAGGUGUUUUCCGUCACGACUCCCCUGACGAGGACCCCUCGUUUGAAUUGAGUACAAACACUAACACACGUAACCAUCUACCACAAAAUCCCGGUUCGGAUGAGGUAAGUGCCAUGGAGGCGAACAAAGAGGCUGCCUCACAAGCGAUUUUCUCUGAAUCUGAAGUAGCAAAUCCAGAAAUCAGUCCUAUGCCAACAGUUUCCGUUUUGCAAAAUGUUGAGAGGAGCGACGAAUUGUUGACGAGUACUACAUGGACCGAAAGACAGGAGAAAGUGGAAAAUUCUGGAAUGGCUGUCUGUUCGUUAAGCCAAGUUUCUGAUCAUCCUGAGAAUGCAGAUAUCGCUGAGGCGAGUAGAGAUGAAUGA